AUGGCGCGUCUCUCGUUUGCCGGGCUGCUCACGCUUCUCGGGCUCAUCGUCGUGCGCUCUCUCGCGCAGACGAAGCCCUUCACUCCGCGGAAGAUAAACGAGCUUCCGGACAGCGAGGUGCACCUCAAGCUGCAGGUCUCUGCCGAUGCGACGCAAGCCCUCGACGACGCCUUCGCUGCCCUGUCUGUGUUGCAGAAUGACUACUUUGACGCGAACAACGGCACCUGGCCGACUGCCAUAGAAUGGACUAGUGCCGUUGUCGGAACCGUCGUUUCAGGCAUGCUGUCUACUAUGACACAGGCUAUUAGUGAGGAACCCUGGAAGCAAAAGGAGAAUCUCAUCGCCUCUGUAUUCGCUCAGGUUUCGCACUCGUUCUUCGGGCAAGAAGCCGAGGACAUCAAGACACAGGCAUACGACGACAUCUUAUGGGUUGUGCUCGGUUGGCUGGAAACCAUCAAGUUCGUGCGCCUGCAUGCGCAGCUGCAUUAUCCCGGGACGGAACAGGCCUGCAACCACAUCCCCGAGGAGAUCCGUACGGCUCUGCGCCGUACUUCGUGGCAAGGCUACAACUACCUCUGCACAUUCUCGGACCGUUCGCGCGAGUUUUGGGAUCUCGCGACCAAUGGCUGGGAUGAGACCCUUUGUCACGGCGGCAUGAUAUGGAACCCGAGGCUUCUUCCAUACAAGAACGCCAUCACCAACGAGCUUUGGAUUGCCGCUUCCGCAGCCAUGUACGAAUACUUCCCGAAUGACACCUUCUCAGAGGAAUGGGUCCAGUCCAAGGGAUUUCCAGGCCAGGAUCCCAUCUAUCUGGCCGCCGCGAUUGAGGGUUACAAGUGGCUUGGGGACGUCAACAUGACCAAUGACGAAGGGCUGUACGUCGAUGGAUACCACGUCGACCGCAGCAAGCCCGGCAACGUCGAGUGCGAUGAACGCAACGAGAUGGUUUACACAUACAACCAAGGCGUCAUCCUCACAGGCCACCGCGGCCUGUGGAGUAUCACUGGUAGCCCGUCGUACCUGGACGAUGGCCACAGCCUCAUCCGAUCCGUCAUCAAGGCUACCGGCUGGGACCUGAUGAGAAACGCGCCAGUGGACAUCAUUGACCGCCUGCCACCAGGAGAACUACCACCCUGGCGAGGGCUCGGCCGUGGUGGCAUCUUGGAGGAACAGUGUGAUGUGAGCGCCACAUGCUCUCAAGAUGGGCAAACGUUUAAAGGCAUCUUUUUCCACCACCUGACUGCCUUUUGCGCACCCAUUACGGCGCCUGGCGACGUUACCACGAUUGCCAGCAGCCCCGCGGCACACGAUGAGACGUGUCGCAUGUACCUCCCCUGGGUCAAGCAUAACGUGGACGCAGCACGCAAGACGCGCGACGGAGCGGGCAAGUUUGGCAUGUGGUGGGGCGCCGGUAUCUUCAACAACCCCACGGGCCGCGAUAUCGACAACGGCCAGAAUGCCACAUCCAAACGAGUUGACUACCGCAACAAGGGCAUACCGAUGGAUGGCAGCUGGGGCAACUCCACAGCCAAGUGGGAGCCUGGAGCGAAACCCGUGCAUCAGAGCAGUGGCAGUCAGACACGUCCCGACGACCCCAGGCUGCAUACGAAGAGGGAGCGCAGCUUUGGCGGAUCCCGGGUGGUGAGGCGAGCGUCGAGGAGGGCGACGAGUGACCCGAAUGACCGCGGGAGAGGGCGGACGGUAGAGACGCAGAUGGGCGGGUUGGCAUUGCUGAGGGCGUACUUCGAGCUUUCGCAGAGGACUUGA